AGUUUACAUAUACAGUGGAUCGCUUCCUGAGAGCCACCUUCUCCAUCCAGACGUCGAGGCAUGCUGCCUGUGAGCUUGGGUGCAUGCCCAGGAGUUGAGACCUUUCCAGUCUCCAGAUCGGCAGUGCGGCCUCUUGCCCCAAAGCGUCCGACGUCCUUUGGCCUUCCUAGCAAAGCUGCAGCGGUACGUGUGGCAUGUGUAGCUUCUGUCCUGGCUGUUGGUGCCGGAAGGAGGAGAUCUAGAGGGAGGGUGCAGUUGCACCCGUUCCGCAGAGAUCUCACUCUGGAUGGAUACCCCAUUCACGGCAAUGGUUACUACUGGACUCUCUCAAAGUGCACCGAGGCUGUCAUCAUUUACAUUCCCAUCGCUGACGAUGUGAAGAAGAAGGAUGUGAUUUUCGAUUGUCGGGAAGGGACCCUGAAGGCUGGAUUGGUGCCAGAGAAGGGAGGGCUGGUGAUCAAUGACAAGGUUUUGUAUGAGGUUGAUGUCUCUGACUCGUACUUUACUCUGGAUGAUGGCGAGUAUGGUGAACGUUGCAUCGUGAUUUGGUUGGAGAAGCGCACCAGGGAGCAGAACUGGUACGCCUACGAUCGAUUUGAGCCCGUGAGCGAACGUUUCUUGCUCGAGGGUGAAAAGAAGAAGGCAGAGCUCAAGUUUGAGAUCACUCAAAAAUGCUUUUUUGACGUCGAGAUUGAUGAGAAGAAGAUGGGACGCAUUGUCUUUGGUCUGUAUGGUGACAUCAUGCCCCGGACAGUCGAAAAUUUCAAGUGCCUUUGCACCGGCGAGAAGGGAACAAGUGAAAGCACCGGCGAGCCACUUCAUUACAAAGGAACGAGGUUUCACCGCGUGAUCCCUGGCUUUUGCAUUCAGGGCGGUCAAACCUUUGAGAAUGAAGAGGGAUCCGGUGGAGAAUCCAUUUACGGGCCAACCUUCGAAGAUGAGAACUUGCGGAUGAAGUUCACGAACAAGGGCCUCAUCGCCAUGGCGAAUGGAGGACCUAAUACCAACGGCUCCCAGUUCUUCAUCACUACGGCCAAGGCAGAGCAUUUGAAUUUCAAGUCUGUGGGCUUUGGCGAGGUUUUGGACGGCUAUGAAGUCGUACAAGCAAUCGAGUCCCUCGGAACAGUCGAUGGAGAGCCAGAGGAAAACGCCGUCAUUGUAGAUUGUGGCACCAUGGAUUUCGAUCCUGGCGAAAAGGAGCGGCUGCGGCUCCGCAGUGUGAAGGGAGGAAUUGAUUUGACCUUGCGAAAUGAGAUGCUUGAACGGGUGCGCGGCGCCGCCCGGAAAGGGGUCUUGUGAGUGGUCAAAGCAGACUCAUUUGGGUGUGGGUCAAAGCUGUUUGUACUCAGCAGGCACAGAUAUAUGGUGAGAAUCGAACUAUUGGAGAUGUUCUUUGACCCACAGCCACAUGGGUGUUCGAGACGCUGGAAGUAAGAGCAGAGGCGUGAGGCAUUCUUUGCCAUCUCAUUUAAGACUCUGGAAACCAGAGCUUUGGGAGCUGCUUCAAAGAGACUGGCUGGACUCUAUGUGCUUGCCAAGACUCCAUAUUUGACAGCG